CACCUCGGCGUACCAGAGUAGGGUUAUCAAGACAGGCGAUCCUCUCGCCGGUUAAAAAUAGACGGUGCAUCACAAAAAAACUUCACAAGCCCCGAUUCUUCCCUGAAGGCUCCUGGACUGACGCCAAUCACUUGGCGUUUCUUUUGCUGCUAUCCAACACGCCUUGGCCGUCUCGAUCGACAGGGUCCAUAUUCCGUACGGGCAACUGCCUAUCAGCUCUCCAACCUACGCUUCUCUUACAGGCUUCCAUCUGCCCUGAUCGGCCACAGGUCCGCAUCUAACCCUGCACCACUCGGAGAACACACUGUCUCCAACUGGAAACAAUGCAGAGUGUAUUUCAAGAUAUAAAGGGGACGGUUUCCCAGCUCCGGGUUUCAAUCAUUCACCUCGCCUCUCACCCGGAAUAACCUCACCACCCCCAAACCUCUUUCUAGACAACUCUACGCAAUGCGUUUCCUUCCCAUUCUUCUUGGGUUCGGCGCUCUCGUGUCUGCCCGGUGCGGCACCCACCAGCCCUCCGACGAGCUCAGAUCCCGCCACAAGUCCUAUCAGGAGCGCGAGGCUAGAGCCGGCUUCAAACCCGCAUCUCGUGACGUGUUUCAGACCACCAUUCAGACCUACAUCCAUGUCAUCCAGACCGACACUAGUAUGACCAAUAGCACUUCUCUCCAUGCUCAAAUUCUCAAACAGAUUGAUGUUCUCAACGAGGAUUAUGCGCCCACUGGAUUUUCUUUCAAUCUUGUCAACGUUUCCUACACCCGCAACAACGCCUGGACUUCAAUUGAAGAUGGCACCCCCAUUGAGUGGGAGGUUAAGAGUAGCUUGCGCCGGGGAGGUUACACCGACCUGAACCUUUACGUGGGCACUAUUGGUGGUAGCAUUCUUGGUUAUGCAACCUUCCCCAAGAACGAUGCCACCCUUCAAGAGUUCAAGCUGGACGGAGUGGUGAUUGAUACUCUCUCUCUCCCCGGCGGCACGGCUCCUUACGACCUCGGAAUUACUGCUGUUCAUGAAAUUGGCCACUGGCUGAACCUCUUUCACACCUUCCAACCCGGAAACGACGACAUCAAUGCUGAGCUCCCCGGCUGUCUUGGUUCUGGUGACUACAUCCACGACACCCCCGCUGAGGCGUUCCCUAACUUUGGAUGCCCCAAGCGCGUGGACACAUGUACGGGUGUUAACGAGACUUCGAACCCCACUUCUGAGCCUGGUCCUGACCCCAUCCACAACUUCAUGGACUACUCUGAUGACAAGUGUCUCAAUCAAUUUACCCCCGGCCAGGUUCUUCGUAUGCAGAACUCUUGGGUCGAUGAGCGUGUCUCGUACGCUCCUGCUAUGGUUGGCCGCCGUGCUCGCCCCGGACUCAAAUGGUAGAUGAUGAAAGGGACUCUGCAUUUCUUUCCUCUUGCAUUUCGUCGAGAUUAUGGGUAAUAGAAUGUGACAUUAUAUAUGAGGGUGAUUGUAGCAUAGUGGCUUGGAUAGAGUAUUGGGAUAGUACAGAGACGAUACCAUUCUGUCAAUAUAAUUUUCAAUUUCAUCAG